AUGAGUUUUAGUACAUAUCAAGUUGAAAUCAAUGAAAAGAAGGAUCCUGAUUCUUUUAUUACUUUGUCCUCUAAAUUAAAAGGAAAUGAACUUGAAUUUAUAGCUUUUAGAAUUCUUAAAAACACUAAGAUUGAUUGUCAAAAAGUAAGAUUGUCAGGUUCUAAUGAUGAUGGAGGAAUAGAUAUCUUUGGAAACUUUGGAAACUUUGAAGGAUAUUUGAUUUUAGUUCAAUAUAAGAAUUAUACCGAUGCAAAGAUAGUGUUAAUGAUAUUGGAAAAUUCAAAAAAUACAAUUAAUAGAGCAGAAACAUCAGAAUUUAAUAUCUUAUUAACAAAUGUUUCUAGCAUGAAACUAGACAUUAUUAAUUAUGUCAUUGAAAAUUAA